AUGAUUUUAAACGAUAACAAUCUUGCUUACUUGCUGAGCUUGGGAUUUGAGAUAGAGCUAUGCAAACAAGCUCUACAACAGAACGCGACACUUGAAGACGCAACAGAAUGGAUCUUGAAUCCCUCUCGGCCUCCUACUUCACCAGAGAGCAAAUUGGACUAUUCCAAACCAAUUUCAUCUUCUAGCAAUCUCUCUGAACCACCAAAAAUUUCGAUUGAAAAAAAACAAAAAGAAGAUCAAGUGACCAAAGAUAUGCAGAAAAAGAAGUUUGAUCGCAUAACCAAUGAUCUCAAGAAAGAGAGAAUAGCAGAGAGAGAAGCGAGACGUAGAGCACUGAUGGACAUCAAGGAAGACAGAGAGAGUCGAAAGCUGAGAGAUCAUAGCAAGCCGGGUACAACUCAAACUAGACAGUCGUCAGCUAGCACUUUCAAGCCCAAAGAGCCCAAAUCUGAUAAGGACCAGUUUGCAUUUAUUCAGUUUAAAUGGACAAAUUCAACCACGUUACGACAAAAGUUUCCACCAGACACAAAAAUGAUGCAAAUACUGGAAUUUGUCAAGCAAAAAGAGUCAAAAACACCAAAUGCAACUAUAGACAACAUAUCACUUAUCAGCACGUUUCCCAAGAGAAUUUACACUGUGCAGGAUGCUGCAUUGGAUAUGAAAGAAGCUGGAUUUCUGCCUAAUGUAACAUUAAAUGUAAAUAUAGCAGCACCCGUGAUUGAACCGCAGGAAGAGGAGGAGGAAGUGAAUAGCGAGAUGGAUAUUAACGAGGCGGAUAUUGACGAGGAAGAUGAUAUUGAUGGCAUGGACUUCGAUGUCAUUAGGGCUAUUGAUCCACAUCGACCACCUGUACAUAAUGUCCGUCGCAUUUGGGGAAGAAUGGGCGCUGGGCAUCAUUUGACGGAUCCUUCGCCUAUUGUAAAUACAUCAGAAAUAGUGGAAACAACUGCUGGAUCUGAAACCAAUGCUGAUCAGGAAGCCACGAGUCAGCGUCGAUCCAGCAUUUUAUCCGCCAUGGAACAGCGUGCCUCUGCUAACGCUGCCACGAAUAUACCCUCACAUCAACAGCAUGCAUUAGAGAGGCAUACGAAAUCCUUGCGAGAAACAUGCUCAAAGGCAGUAGCAGGAUUACUUUCACAGCACUCCUUACAGAUGAACAGCUAUUUGAAAAAUCUGGAUAGUCUGUCAUCUGAAGUAGCAGAAUCAUUAUUGGAAUAUCUUGUCAAGAGCGGUAAACUGAAUGCAACCACCAUGAGGAAGCUGGCAGAUCACUGUUAUCUACAGAAUAUCAAACUGGAUUCAUACACUUAUUGCACUGAUUCAUUGAUUGGGGAUCUGGCAAGAUCCAGUUCCAUCAUUUCUGUUACCAAAUUGAGUCUUCGAGGAUGUGAUGUGAUUACUGACAAUGGCAUCCGUGCAUUAACUGGUCUGAAGAAUCUGGGUUAUUUGGAUGUUAACAAUUGCAAAGUAACUGACAAAGGGUUAAAGUCUUUGGAGAAUUUGCACCACCUGUUUCAUCUCAACCUUUCAAAGACCAAGAUUACAGAUCAGGGCAUUGCAUCGAUGGUAGCAAACAGCAAGUUCAGGGAUCAACUCGAAGUGCUGUUAUUGGAUGGUUGUACACGUGUCAAAUCCUCUCGUGUACUAGUCCCCAUUGUCAAUGGUUUUGGCAAUUUGCUGCAAUUAUCCUUGGCCAACACCAGCCUUCCAGAGCAAGAAAUGACUGCAAAACUAGGUAGAAACAUCAAGCUGGAGCAGCUGGAUUUGACCAACACUUUUAUAUGCGACGAUGAUUUGAUAAAAAUUAUCAGCCAAAUCACAACCCUCGUUGAAUUAAAGAUGAGUGGUUGCGGCAAUGUGAGCACGAGGGGAUUGUCGUUUUUACCUCGAGAAUUGAAAUGCCUCAGAUGGAUCCAAUUCCCUGAUCGAGAACUCGAGUUGGAUGGUGUGUUAUCCAGAUUCAAAGAUCUGCCCCUGGAACAUUUGGAUCUGACAGGCUUCUUGAAUGUUACUGACGAGGGAGCAAAGCAUAUUGCAGAGAUGAAACAUUUGCGUUACUUGAGUUUAGAUGGAACCAAAGUGACAGAUGAAGGAGUUGAAAUGCUGAAAGAUCUGAUCGAACUUGAGAAGCUCUACUUGGAUCGUACAUUGAUCACAGAUCAAGGACUUUCGCAAUUGAUAGGGCUUUCUAAAUUGGAUACGCUGUCGCUAUGUCACACUAAAGUGAGUAACGCUUUCUUGAAAUUAUUAGGCAAUUUCGAAAAAACCAGCUUUACGAGAAAUUUGAGAACAUUGAACCUUGCCAAAUGUUUACUUGUUACCAACAAGGGUGUCCGCCAUUUAUCAGGUACGCUCAACCUGACUAAUCUCAAUCUGGAUCAUACAGGCGUGAGCAGAGGGUGCUUAAAGUAUUUGAAAGACUUGCAGCAUUUGAAGCCUGUCAGAUUGCAGGGAAUUUCAAAUGAAUCAGAUCAAGAGGAUGAGCUUGACGACGACGACGAGAUGAUGGGGUGA